AUGAGGGUCGGGAUCAAACACCGAAAUCGCCCGCGCGCCGCCCUGCCCUUAGGCCCGCGCGCCGCCAUGCCCUGCAGCCCGCGCUCGCCUCUGCAGCCCGCGCUCGCCACUGCAGCCCGCGCUCGCCCCUGCAGCCGCGCUCGCCCCUGCAGCCUGUGCUCGCCCAUGCAGCUGCGCUCGCCCCUGAAGCCUGCGCUCGCCCCUGCAGCCGUGCUCGCCACUACAGCCCGCGCUCGCCCCUGCAUCCGCGCUCGCCCCUGCAGCCUGUGCUCGCCCAUGCAGCUGCGUUCGCCCCUGCAGCCCGUGCCCGCCCCUGCAGCCGCGCUCGCCCUUGCAGCCCGCGCUUGCCCCUGCCGCCGUGCUCGCCCCUGUAGCCCGCGCUCGCCCCUGCAGCCGCGCUCGCCCCUGCAGCCCGCGCUCGUCCCUGCAGCCGCGCUUGCCCCUGCAGCCGGCGCUCGCCCCUGUAGCCCGCGCUCGCCCCUGCAGCCGCGCUCGCCCCUGCAGCCCGUGCUGACCUACCGCUCAUGCUAA